CGCGCGUCGAUAAUGGCCGCAGCUAAAUCCUACCCGCCAACAACAAACAAUAAAUGCAUUCAUCGCCAUUCUCACCACCCUAGCUUAGCUAUCUCCGCCCCUCUCCGCCGCUAAUUCCUUCCACCCCGGCGGAUUCUGUCUACGGAGACCAGAAAAGAAUGGCCAAGUACAAGCACCCAGUAGCGGAAGCAAACGAGACCAGCCCAUUUGGGGAGGUGGGUGCCGAAGAAUUCUACGCUCGCCACUCAGUAAUCCACGCCUCCGACUACAUCACCAGCAAGAAACUCAACCUCAGGCUCUUCACGCAGUGGUGGGCUCCGCAAGAACCCGCAGGGCCCCUGAAAGGCAUCGUGUGCGUGGUGCACGGCUUCACCGGCGAGUCCAGCUGGUUCGUGCAGCUCACGGCCGUCCAUUUGGCCAAACACGGCUUCGCCGUCUGCGCGAUAGACCACAUGGGCCACGGAUUUUCGGAGGGGCUGGUCGCCCAUUUGCCGGACAUGAAUCUCGUUGUGGAUGAGUGUAUUUUGUUCUUCAAUGGGUUUCGUGCCAAGUAUCCGCCGGAUUUACCGGCGUUUCUGUAUGCCGAGUCGCUGGGAGGAGCUAUCGCUCUGCUUAUCACGCUCCGCCGUGAAGGGCUUGUGCCGGAGAGGAGGUUUGAUGGUGUCGUUCUGAACGGGGCGAUGUGUGGGAUCAGUGAUAAGUUUAAGCCGCCAUGGCCGCUGGAGCAUUUCCUUGCCAUUGCAGCGUUCUUGAUUCCCACUUGGUGCGUGGUGCCUACACGCGGCUCCUUGCCUGAUGUUUCCUUCAAGGUGGAAUGGAAGCGAAAAUUGGCAAUAGCAAGCCCCAGGAGGCCUUUGCAAAAGCCGCGUGCAGCCACAGCGCAGGAGCUGCUGAGAGUGUGCAGAGAGGUGCAGGGGAAGUUUGAUGAAGUUGAUGUGCCGUUUCUGAUUGUGCACGGUGGUGAUGAUAUUGUAUGUGACCCAGCAUGUGUAGAGGAGCUCUACAACCGUGCUGCUAGCAAAGAUAAGACACUCAGAAUCUAUCCUGGAAUGUGGCACCAGCUGGUGGGUGAGCCCGACGAAAAUGUGGAGCUUGUGUUUGGGGACGUUGUCGACUGGCUCGUGACUAGGGCCGAGCGUCCAGUCUCUGCAUCAGCAUAGUGAAGCAAAUGUUUCUGGACUUAUUAUUUUAAAACAAGUUGAGUUGGUGUUGAUUAUAAUGUUGCAUCAGACCAAACAGUAUACUAUACCUGGAUGAAUUAUAAGUCUAUAAGUUGUUCUUGUUCAUGAUCCA